AUGGCGGAGAACAAACGUCAUGUCGUUUGUAUACCAUUUCCUGCUCAGAGCCAUAUGAUGGCAAUGUUAAAACUAGCAAAGCUCCUCCACCAUAGGGGCUUUUACAUAACUUUAGUUAAUACAGCAUCCAAUAAAAAGCACUUACUUAGUGCUGGACAAUCUUCUGCAUUGGAUAGCUUGCCAGAUGAUUUCAAAUUCGAGACAAUAAUGGAUGCGUUGCCUUCCUUUUCUAUUGCCUCCCAAGACUAUAAUUCCCUUUGGCAAUCCCUUGAAGAUAAUUGCGCAACUCAGGUUUUGAACCUUCUCACCAAACUUAGUGAUGAUGCCACUCUUUCCCACAAUCCUCCGGUUACCGCUAUUAUCUCGGAUGGGUUUAUGCCGUUCACCACGGAAGCUGCUCAAAAGUCUGCAGUGCCUAUCAUUCUGUUCUGGCCCAUCCCUGCCUGUGCUUUCAUGGCAUCUUAUCAGUUCAAAGCCCUCAAAGAUAAAGGCAUAGCACCUCUAAAUGAUCCAAGCGAUUUGACAAAUGGGUACUUGGAAAAGAUUAUUGACUGGAUUCCGGGAAUGAAAGAUAUCCGUCUUAGAGAUCUUCCAAGCCCUUUCCGAACCACUGAUCCAAAUGACAUAUCGUAUAAUGCCUAUAUAAAAUCAACACAAAAUGCUACCAAAGCUUCAGCUAAUAUCAUUCAUACAUUUGAUGCAUUGGAGGCAGAUGUUUUGCAUGUGCUCUCGUCAAUGUUCACACAAGUGCAUUCUAUUGGUCCCAUUCAGCUCCAUCUCAAUCAAAUUUCAAACAUGGAUGAAAAGUUGAAGUCUUUAGGCUACAGCUUUUGGAGAGAAGAAUCAGAGUGUCUACGUUGGCUGGACUCUAAGGAGGUGGAGUCUGUGGUAUAUGUAAAUUUUGGGAGCUUAACCGUCAUGACAGAACAACAACUUGUAGAGUUUGCGUGGGGACUUGCUAAUAGUUGCCAUUACUUCCUUUGGAUAAUUAGACCUGAUUUGAUCAUGGGUGACUCUGCUAUUUUGCCACCUGAAUUUACUGCGGAAAUUAAGGACAGAGGUCUAAUCAGGAGCUGGUGUCCGCAAGAGGAAGUCCUGAACCACCCUUCAAUUGGAGGAUUUUUAACUCACGGUGGGUGGAAUUCAAUUGUUGAAAGCAUCAGUGCUGGAGUUCCCAUGUUGUGUUGGCCAUUCAUUGGGGAUCAGAUGACAAAUUGUAGGUACUUAUGCAGGGAAUGGGAGAUAGGUAUGGAGAUUGACAAAGAUGUGAAGAGAGAGGAGGUCAAAAAGCUAGUAAGGGAAUUAAUGGAAGGUGAGCAAGGUAAGAAGAUGAAGAAGAGGGCCAUGGAGUGGAAGAAAUUGGCAAAGGAGGCUACUAGUCCAGAUGGUUCAUCAACUUUUAGUUUAGACAACUUGGUUAACAAAGUAUUGUUGUAA